UUUGGAUCUGGAUGUUGUUGAAGCUGAAAGAAGAAGUUGAUGUGAUGGUAGAAGCUGGAAAUGUCAAUAUGGAUAUUGAUGAAGAAAAGUGUGAUAAAGUAAAGAGUCGAUUGGGAAACUGUGAAGUUUGUGGUACAGAAGCUGCCAAGUAUUGUUGUCCAAAAUGCGAAGUUAAAACGUGCGCUCUGCCAUGCCUGAACAUCCACAAGGAAGAGCUUGAUUGUGACGGCGUUAGAAGUAGGGUCAAGUUUAAAAUGAUUCAACAAUUUUCAAAUCUUGAUUUAUCAAAUGACUAUAAAAUGCUUGAAGAGAUAAAUCGUGCGGUUGAGUCUCCUCUUAAACUCACUGUCACUCAAAUGACGCACAGAAGGAGUGAUAAAGUUAAGGGUCGAUUGGGAAACUGUGAAGUUUGUGGUACAGAAGCUGCCAAGUAUUGUUGUCCAAAAUGCGAAGUUAAAACGUGCGCUCUGCCAUGCCUGAACAUCCACAAGGAAGAGCUUGAUUGUGACGGCGUUAGAAGUAGGGUCAAGUUUAAAAUGAUUCAACAAUUUUCAAAUCUUGAUUUAUCAAAUGACUAUAAAAUGCUUGAAGAGAUAAAUCGUGCGGUUGAAACCUAUCAUAAGACAUCUGCCAUGACAAGGAGUGACCUACCAAAGUUUCUUAUUUGUCUGAGAGCAGCUGCCGCCCGGAGGCAUGUCCAGCUUCAUUUUUUGCCAAAAACUUUUGCGCGACGAAAAUCCAACUCAACUUUCCUUGAUUUCCAAACCCAGGAACUGUAUUGGAAGAUUGAUUGGAUCUUCCCACAAGCUGAGUUCUUGAAGUACACUGAUGUCAGGGUGAUCGAUACAACAAGGCUGAGCAAUGCUGUUGAUCAUCUACUGAAUCCCUUGGUAACCAGAGAUAAAAGACUGGAAUUCUAUCAAGCGGCUGGCCACAGUGGCAACGUACUUCUAAUGAAAGCGGACAAAGUGACCUGUGAUAAGUUCUAUUUGCUGGAUCCAUCCUUAACGAUCAGAGAAAACUUUUCUGGCAAAAUCAUUGUGGAAAAUCCUGAAAUCCAUGUCCUACACAAGGAUCACAAACAUAUGUAUGAUAUUCUAUCAGUUGAUGAAGAAGAUGCAAUAAAUGACCGGAUUCGCCAAGAUGCGAAGAACAGAAGACAAACUGGACAAAACAGGAAUCAGAAUCCAAUUAACAAUCGUAACAAUCAAAGAAGACACAACAAUUUUAAUGGAAAUAAGAACUUCCAGUCUUCAAAUCAGACACCAACGUAGGUCAAUUGAACACAAUUCUGAUUUCCAUUUUCUGAUUAAUAUAAUUUAAUCAUUGUUGAAUGAUUAAGUAAAAUUAUAGUUUCCAAUAUCGUCAUUUUCUAUAAAAAUUCUUAAUUUGUGUGUUCUCAUUAAUUUACACAGAACAUAUAUUUUUGUAGGCGUCAAAAUAUUGAUCGCCAUUUUUCAACUAUUAGUGCCGGUUGUACAAAAGCCGGUUAAAUUUUAAUCGUGGUUAAUUUCAACUAAUCAGAGAAGGCUUUUCAUAUAAGACGGCUUCUCUGAAGACUUGACCGGCUUUUGUGCAACCGGUACUAACCCUUGAAAACCAGAUUAAUGAAAUAAAUGAAGUAAAGAAUGAAGUUAAGGUUAGUUAAAAAAUGAAGUUAAAGUUUUUAAGUUAAGAAUGAAAUAAACCCAGUUAUUUGUUUUAAAGGUGCUGUAAUUUAGUCUACAUCGAGACUUGUGUAUGAAUCAGGAAGAUAGCCUUUAUAUUAGGUUCUGUGUAUAGGAAUUCACCCUUAUUGUAUGAAAUCUGUAAAUAAUAAUCAACAAAAAUAUUUCAAAUUGUUUUGCUAAAUUGUCUGUAAAUUUAUUGUUUUGAGCAUUUGAUUAAAACAUCAAAAAUA